AUGUGGACAUCUAUGAAAUUAUUUGGGUUUGUUAUUCAUUUAGUGUUUAGUUCAGUUGAAUCAUACGACUUAUCCAGUAUAUUAAACUUAGGCGGCCUUCUGCUACCUUCAGAACGAACGACAAAGCCAUACACAGACAGAAUCGUGGGGGGCCAUAAUGCGUCCAUAGAAGACUUUCCCUACCAAGUAAACUUAGUUGUGAAUAAAUCGUAUUUUUGCGGGGGAAUCAUUCUUAGUGAGAAAUACGUGAUGACAGCAGGACAUUGUGCGCAAAAAGUAGAUCCUUCAACUGUGGUCCUUCGAGCCGGUAGCAGUUUUCGGGGAAAUGGAACUGUAAUACCAGUGUCUAAAGUUACACCCCAUCCACAAUACGAUGACCCGGCUUUUGACAAAGACGUAGCAGUGAUAAAGACUACUAACCCGAUAGAGUUUAAUGACGUCAUAAAACCCAUUAAACUACCGCCUAAAGGGAGACCAAUGGAAGCCAAAUCUAAAAUUCUAGUCAGUGGCUGGGGAAAGGCUAAGGGUGAUUCUGGCGGUGCUGCGACUCAGGACGGAAUGGCUGUAGGCAUCGUGUCGUUCGGUCGCGGCUGUGCUUACCCAUUUUCCCCGAGUGUGUUCGCUGAUAUUGCAGCUCCUGCCAUAAGAGAUUUCAUCACUGAACAAACUGGAUUGUAA